CUUUAAACAAUCCCAACCCUACUCUCUCUCACUAGAAUUACAAUUUAGAACCAUAUUAAUGUAUUUGGUCAACAUUCAAACAGAAAAAGUUAUAUAAAUCUAUAAAAUAUAUCUCUGGAUUAUUUAGAAACAACUUGAAAGGCGAGGGGUUCAGCAAAAUUAACAAACCGAGACUGAGCAUAGUUGCUGCAUCGCAGCCCAGCAUAAUAUUACAAAAUAUCAAAGUGGGAGAAGAAAUUGGAUUCUUUGAUAGAUUUCUUUGGUGUUCUGUGCCCUUAGGAGUUUCAACUUACGAGGCAAAAAACUGUCCUGUUGAUGAGAAUGUGAAAAAUAUUGACUUCAAAAACUUGUUUAGAGCAUUAUAUGACAGUCAUAGAUGUGAACGCGUGUACACUCUGGAUCAUGAGGCAAAAGAAACGUUUGUUAAAUUUCAUGAUGAAAUGAUAAACAUUAGGGAUGACCUUCAAUACGACUCUAAAAACCACAGUGUUGCAAAUGUUGCAGUCAAGAGUGUGAAUCUUGUCGCAAAGCUUAGCUUGAUUUUGUGUGCCUUAAGACAAAAUAUACCUGCUGCAUCCGAAACACUUGAUUCGUCUGAUACUUUGCCUGAAGAUGACGAACAAAGUUUUUGUAUCAAUUCAGAUGAUAUGAAUCGUGCAAUAUACACUGUUAAUUAUUCAACUGAGGUGUUUAAGUUACUCAUAGAAGAUUAUCCACCUGGAAAUGUCGACGUUGAUGAAGCUGAAGCUGAAGAUGUAGAUGUGGACCUUACUCAACAAGUAUCUGUAUCCGACAUGACCCAGGAACAAGGGAUAAAUUUUAUUAUGAAAAACAUCAACAUAAUUUACAGGAUAUUCACUAGCUCACAUUACAUCAAAAACGAAAGCAUUAAACUAGGAAUCAUAAAUAGUAAAAAUCUAUAUCCAAUAAUGAAGAAUCAACUUCAUUGCACUCCAUUGGAUUGGAUGAAAUUACUUGAACGGAUCACAGGACUUGGAUAUACAACAGUGGAAAAGUCAGCCAACAACAAAUCAGCCAACAUCUUCCGUUUCAACAAAUCAAGAGAAAAUCUUAAUGAAGAACAAAAAGUAGCAGUAAACUCUAUUGAGAGAGCGAUUCUGUAUAAACAUAAGAAAAUAAUUAAUUUUUUUAUCGAUCAAAAGAUUGAGGCAGGGCCCUCAACUUGAAUAAGCUCGGUUCCUUUAUAUUCCAGAUAUCAGGUUGUUCAUAAACUAAAUAGUAAUAGUCUAAAGUUGUUUAUACUAUUAAUUUCUUAAUAUGUUGUAAUAGUAAAAAUGUUAUUUUAUCAAAUAUUAAAAAUAAAUUGUAUUGAU